CUCUGACCCUCCCCCACAGCGACACAGCAGGACGAUGGCGCACUCGUACUCGACCGAGAUGCUGGAGGAGGCUCUCCGGGAGCGGUUGGACACGCUCACCGGCUUUGGCUCGCCCGAGGCCAAGGCCCGUAAGCUCGCGGAGGUCUUCAAGAAGGUCGACACCAACGGGUCGGGCUGCGUCGACGGCAACGAGUUCCUGACUGCCAUGGCCGAGCUCAACUUUCUGGACGUCCCCGGUCUCAUGGAUCUGUUCAACAAGUACGACGUGGACGGGACCAACACACUGGACAUUGAGGAGUUUGCAGAGGGCUUCACAGGUCUGCGGACAACGGCUGCGGAUGUCGACGCGACAACCCGGUCUGUUCUCGGCCAGCUGCGCAACGCCAUUGCGCGGCGUGGUGGGCUGAACGGGAUCCGGUCCCUUGGGCGGCUCUUCCGUAUCAUCGACGACUCGGGCAAUGGGCGGCUGAGUUACGAUGAGCUCAAGUUUGGCCUCCUCGACUUUGGGCUCGACUUUUCAGAGCGCAAGGUCAACAUGGUCAUCGAAGCCUUUGAUCGCAACCACGAUGGCGUGAUCGACUACAACGAGCUGCUCCGUGGUCUGCGCGGCAAGAUGAACAAGCGGCGGCGCGAGCUCGUGCUCCGGGCCUUUGACGUCAUCGACAAGGACGGCUCGGGCGUGCUGACUAUCGAGGACCUCGCCAACGCAUACGACACCUCGCUGCAUCCUGACGUGGUGAGCGGGUCGGCGACAGCCGACGACGUACUGCGGGAGUUCCUUGGCCAGUGGGAGACGGUCAAGCGCGACGGCCUCGUCGACCGCAACGAGUUCCUCGACUACUUUAAGGACCUCUCGGCGUCGGUCGACAACGACGACUACUUUGAGCUCAUGAUCAAGAACUGCUACCGCAUCUUUGACACCGGCGAGGGCGUUGCCGGCAACACGGCUAACAUGCGGGUCCUUGUGGUCUUCCGCGACGGCCGGCAGGAGGUUGUGCCCCUGCACAACGACCUGGGCAUCGACCGCGACAAUAUCACCGCCAUCAAGCUCCAGCUCUACAAGCAGGGCAUCGAGCCGCAGAGCAUCGAGCGCAUUGAGACUGCGUACUAACGUACCAAGAUGGCCAGGUUGUGGCCCACUCUGCCAGCGGAGGUUAAAGACAAGACGAUGACGCCAAA